AUGUCCCCGCACCCGAAAUCACGCCUGACGCUGUCGCUUCGAGGCCUCCUAGUGCUGCCGCCUCACGUGGGGCUUAAGACGAGUGCCCGCAAGGGGAAAGCGAUCCUAGAGCUUAAUGAUGAUCAUGAUGACGAUGAAUACGAAGAUGUCGGCGCUACCGACGACGAAGUAUCGGUACCAGCAACCAGAGGGUUUAUCACGCCGAAUCCUGAUCCCAACAGCAGUAAUUCCGAAACUUCGACGAACACGUCGACCAGCAGCGAUCGUUUACUCUCCGGGCCGGUACCGAGGAAAAACGCCGCCGCUGACCAGUUUGAGCUUAUCCCUGACGAUGUCACCGUACAACCGAAAUUUUCUCCUCAAGCGUCCACUGACGAUUUGCUUAAUGGCGCUGCUUACGGAGGAUCGCUUCUUUUAUCUCAGUCUACUGGACUCACGCGAAAGAUUGAACUGCCCCACCCUGCCUCUACCAAGUCUAAGUCUCCAGUAUUGGCUAAUGAUGAUGACAAUUACGACAAGCAACAACCACCACAAUCAUCAUCGCUGCCGCCUCGGGUGGAAGUGGCUUCCGCUGCCGCUCCUUCUAACCUGACUAAUUCAUCGUCAUCAAUGCCCCCAGUGGAGCCUACUCCUUUGAAACGGAAACCCACACCAAAGUUUUCCAAUAACUUCUCCAGCUUUUUGGCUCCAGACACUCACACCCACGCCCAAUCAGAUACCAGAACCCAGCAGCGGUUAUGGCUCCAGCGGGAGAACUCAUUGAUGGACGUGUCCCAUUUGGACGCUAACAACCUCAACAACUUCUCCAAUUUGUCGCUUUCCAACUUGAUGUUUGCCCAUAACCAAAGCACUACAAAUAUGACCCAAUUUGCUAGCGGCAGCAGCAGUGGGUCUAAGACGAAUAUGCUCGGAGAUAGCAACGAUACCACUCCCGGAAGCACUGGAGGAGCUUUAGGGUCAACUACAGGAGGAGAAAUUUCACUUCAAGGAGCAUUACAGGGGGCGCUUGUCACUACACCGGGAGCAUCAGAACCCACCAACUUGAACCAGUUUCUCCGUUCGGUGCUGAGCAGUAACUCCCGCGUACUGCAGAAGAUGGAGCUGGAACGGUUCAGUCGCGAGUACCUUAGUGUUCGUCGUUAUCAGAACCCCGUGGCCGAGCUGCUUGAUCGCAUCAACCACUUAAGCCACACCGACCAAAUCAAGAUUAAUAAGCGCGACCGGCGCCUGGAGCCGCCGCUGAAGCUUUCCGACAUCGAGGCGGAGUCGGCGGCGAUCGUGCUGAGACUCUGGCAAGACGCUAUAGCUCUGUCCACUGGGUUUUCAUCGCACGCUGGCCUGACGCCUAGAAUCACUCAGACCCACGAAAGUGGAGCUCAACCCCAUCGCCCCGUAUACCUGAACCCGCAGAACUACCGCCAGCAAGUGCCGGCACCCAUGGUCCGCCAAACUGGACCCAAAUUUAAGAAGCAAGAGGCUAACUUGUGA